ACGCCGCACGUACACGUUGAUCUAAGUUGUCAAUUUUGUAGCCAUUAUUCUCUUCCACACAGCCUUCCUUUGAUCACACGUCCAGGCUGAAUGAUUAACCAUGCGAUUCCAGGGGUUAUGAGGAGGAUGUGGUCGUUUUUAGCCUGACAGUCAGUCAGAGAGGAACGGACGCUGCAAACCCAAGCCAGAGAAUAUUUAUUAAACUGCACAAUUUUCACCCCGUUUGGAAAUGAGAACGACGAUAUUAUUACUGAAUGUUAUACUGUGCUGCUGGCCUGUCAGAGCCACUCUCUCAAAAAAGGAUGCUAAGAAGUCGCUUAAAGCUGAAGCUGAGACAUCUCCAGCUGAAUUGUCUGUGCUGGACAGAGGUCUUGUUGCUUCAGACAUUCAAUGGAAAGACAUAGUGAAGGAGGAAAAGAGACACUGGAGUCAAAUCAAGAAGACUUUUCAAGGAUCAGCGCUUGGAUAUGUCACACCUUGGAAUUCCCACGGCUACGACAUUGCCAAGGUGUUUGGCUCCAAAUUAACGUCCGUGUCUCCAGUGUGGCUUCAGCUCCGCCGACGGGGGCCUGAAACCUUUGACGUGACGGGCCUCCACGAUCAUGAUCCUGGUUGGGUCAAAGCCGUGCGCAAGUCGAACAAAAAGGCCAGGAUAGUGCCCCGGCUGUUAUUUGAUGGCUGGUCCUACCAGGACUACAUGAAUGUGUUUGGGAGUGAAGAUGAAAUUGAGGAGCUUUCUAAUGAGUUGGUGGAUGUCGCCAAGACCGAAGGUUUCGAUGGAUUUACGUUGGAGCUCUGGAGCCAGCUGGGAGGUAACAAAAGGAAAGAGCUGGUCCACUUGGUGAAACACAUAUGUGAGACUUUGAAAGCUAAGAAACUAGACUGCAUUCUUGUUAUUCCACCAGCAGUGACAAGUACGGGACAGCCAGGGAUGUUCAGCAGGGAGGAGUUUGAGCAGCUCGCUCCGGUUGUCGAAGGCUUCAGCCUCAUGACGUAUGACUAUUCCACUGGUGCCAGUCCAGGCCCGAGUGCUCCCCUGCCCUGGGUCAGAGACUGUGUUCUUCAGCUCGCACCCAACACUCAGUGGAGGCAUAAGAUCCUGCUUGGACUCAAUUUGUAUGGCCUUGACUUUGCAAACCAGGGAACAGAGCCCAUCCUGGGGGGAAGGUACAUAGAGAUUUUGCGAGAGCACAAGCCCAAAAUCCUCUGGGAUGAAUAUUCUGCAGAGCAUUAUUUCAGUUACAAGAGAAACAAUGCUGUCAAGCAUGUGGUGUACUUUCCAUCUUUAAAGUCGAUCUACCAGCGGCUCUCUUUAGCUACUGAGCUCGGGACGGGGAUAUCCUUAUGGGAACUGGGACAAGGACUGGACUAUUUCUAUGACCUUCUAUGAAUGCAGGGCUUCUUUGAAGAGACUGUAAAGACAGCACAUGAAUUCAUCUUUCAUUUAAGUUUUUGCUCUUUUUUUUUCUUCCCUCUUUGAACUCUGAAACAAAGUAUCAACAGGAUGUUAAUACUCAACUUGUUUGAGGGUCAUGAAUGUGUUGAGAAAUCUCAGUCUGUGUUGAUUUUCAAAGGUAUUUGAAGCAACGUACUGAAGCUCUUGGAGCUUUGCCACACUGCGGUUUUUCCCACUGAUGUAGUGAUGUGUGCGGUUCAGUCCAAACGCAGUAAAACAUCUGCAUCCCACCACAGAACGUACAUGAUCAUCAACAUGUUUGGAGUCAAACAGAAGUCUUGUUUGUAUUGGGACCAUAUGUACAACAGACACCUGCAGAAUCUCUUUAUCCAGCGCCAGACAUCAUCACCGCUCUUGGAUCCAACUGUAUCGGCUUAAAAGAUUCAUCCAUCAUCAAGACAUCUCAGUAAUUAUAAGACUAAAUUAUGUGGCUUUUAUUUAAUAUAUAAAAACAUUGUUGACAAGCAAUGAGGUCACAGUUGCAGCUUUGCCAAAUAUGUGACUCAGUGUCAUCUGUUAUCAAGAUAAAUGUUUAAUUUCAUAAACAAACAUGGGACAACUUUUUAUUUGGCAUUACAAAGCAGGAUUAGAUUAUUUACAGCAAGUGAUGUUGAUUCCAUAUUCUGUCCAGUUAUUAGGUGUCUAUCGACGACUAUGUGCACAGCAUCUUCUUGACUUGCUGGAAAUGAAAAAAAAACACAUGAUGGUUUUAGAAACAGUGAUGAUGUGUUGGUGUUGUGGGCAUGUACUUUUGUUUAGCUCACCCGUGUACGAUCCACCACUGUCUUUUACAAAAUCCUCCACAAUCAGGGGCAGGU